CCCCAAACCCCUCCACUCUCCCCCAUCACAAACACCAAACAAUCUCUUCCAAACACACUUAUUUUUCAUCUCUCUCUCUCUCUCUCUACCUAAGCUAAGAGCUAGCUAGCUACCCAAUUAGCCAUGGCCAAAGACAUUGAAGUUGGCGGAGGGCAACAUAGAUUCUCAGGAAAAGACUACCAGGACCCUCCUCCAGCACCAUUGAUUGAUGCAGAGGAGCUUGGCCAGUGGUCUUUUUACAGAGCCAUCAUAGCUGAGUUCAUAGCUACCCUCUUGUUCUUGUACAUCACUGUGCUUACAGUGAUUGGAUACAAGAGCCAAUCUGAUGGAGACCAAUGUGGUGGUGUUGGCAUUCUUGGCAUUGCUUGGGCCUUUGGUGGCAUGAUCUUUGUCCUUGUUUACUGCACUGCUGGCAUCUCCGGAGGGCACAUAAACCCAGCUGUUACAUUUGGGCUGUUUUUGGCUAGGAAGGUGUCACUGGUCAGAGCCAUAUUGUACAUGGUGGCUCAGUCCUUGGGAGCCAUAUGUGGUGUUGGGCUUGUGAAAGCUUUCCAAAAUGCUUACUUUACCAAGUAUGGUGGAGGGGCCAAUGGGCUUGCUGAUGGGUACAGCCAAGGCACAGGUUUGGCUGCUGAGAUUAUUGGCACCUUUGUUCUUGUCUACACUGUCUUCUCUGCAACUGACCCCAAGAGAAAUGCAAGGGAUUCACAUGUCCCAGUUUUGGCACCACUGCCAAUUGGGUUUGCUGUGUUUAUUGUGCACCUUGCCACAAUCCCAAUCACUGGCACUGGCAUAAACCCAGCAAGAAGCCUUGGAGCUGCAGUGAUCUACAACAAUGACAAGGCUUGGGAUGACCAAUGGAUCUUCUGGGUUGGGCCAUUCAUUGGUGCUGCCAUUGCUGCCUUCUAUCACCAAUACAUACUGAGAGCAGGAGCUGUUAAAGCUCUUGGCUCUUUCAGGAGCUCCUCCAACAUAUAAUUUUUCAGAGGAUUGGUUGUGUUUUCUGAAUGGAAGCUUGGAAUUUGUAAAUCUGUGUGUACAAGGCACUCAUUUUAAAUGUGCCUCAAUGUUGCUUUCUGCUCUGUUUUUACAAAAUCUCAGUUUGGUUAUUGUGUCAUCAAGAAGUUUCAAUUAUGAGCAAUUACUUUGUUGUGAAUUGUGAUGGAAAA